UAUGACUGGGGAAAAAAAUUAUGUCGAAUUCAAAUGUUUAAAAAAGGGCAAAAAUAAUACUCAAAAUAGAACAAUAACAAGACCUCUUGGAGGCGAAAAGAGGAUCUUUAAUAAAAAUAUAAACUUUAAGAAAACUGCCCAAUCAAAAGUGGGAUCGAUGAGUAAUGUGAAUCAUAGAGCCGCAGGAGGAGAUAAGAAGAUAUUUCACAAAAGAACCCAAUUCAAGGAUAAAGCGCAAUCUAAAAUAGGUUCUUUGGCUAAUAAGGGUCAUGUUGCUCAUGGAGGCGAUAAGUUAGUGUUCAACCAAAGUUUACAUUUUAAAAAGAAAUCUAAACCUAAAAUAGACUCUGGAACUAGACGAUGA